AUGGCUGAGGCUCUAGUUUGUAUCAUCUUAGAGCAGUUGUCUUCAAUCACUACUCAAGAGUUUAAGUUGGUUCUGGGUGUUGACGAGGAAGUCCAAAAGCUUGCAAGCAAUUUCCAGAUAAUCCAGAUGGUGCUCAAUGAUGCUGAGAAAAGACAAGUGAAAGAGAAACCUGUGAAGCUUUGGAUAGAUAAGCUCAAAGAUGUAUCCUAUGAUGUGGAGGAUGUGUUGGAUGAGUGGAACACUGCAAUACUCAAAUCAGAAAUUGAGAAAGAAAGAAGAGUUGAUAAGAUUUCUGAUCUCAAGAGGAAGGUAAGCUCCAUCAUUCCUUCCUCUUCUGGUUAUUUGAGUCAAGUAAAACAACUUUUUUUCCGUUAUGAUAUUGCUCACAAGAUAAAAGAAUUGAAUGGAAAAGUAGAUGAGAUUGUUAGAGAGAAAGAGAUUUUCAGGUUUGAAUUGUCUAGGGGCAUUGAAGAAGUUGAGAGACCAAAAAGUACAUCCUUUGUUGAUGUGUCUAAUAUAUGGGGUCGUGAUAAGGAUAGGUGUGAUCUAAUAAGCAACCUAUUAGGCAAGGGUGGUCAUGAAGAGAGAAGCCCUCAUGUCAUAUCUUUAAUGGGUAUGGGAGGUAUUGGAAAAACAACACUUGCCCAAUUAGUCUACAAUGAUCAUGAGGUGAAGGCCCAUUUUCAAAGUAGAAUGUGGGUUUGUGUUUCUGAACCUUUCAAUGAUGUUAGGGUUGCCAAAGCAAUCAUUCAAGAAGUUGGAGGUCUUUCCCCCGACAACAAUACUGAAUUGGAAACUCUACUAAAAAGUAUUUGUAAUUUGAUCAAGGGAAAGAAGUUCUUUCUUGUCUUAGAUGAUGUAUGGACUGAAGACUACACAAUUUGGGAGCCAUUUAAACUAGCACUCCAAUAUGGUGCCCAAGGUAGUAGAAUUCUAGUGACUACACAUAAAGAAAGAGUUGCAGAAAUUAUGGGGAGUGCCUACAGGAUCAAUUUGGAGGCACUGUCUGAUGAAGAUUGCUGA